GCAGGAGCUGCUAGGCCCCCUGGGAUGGCUGCCGCCGCCGCCGCCGCCGCCGCAUGCAUACAGUGGUGGCGAAAACGGCACAACGGCGGCGGCAGUGGCGGAAGCGGCGGAAGCGGGUGCCGACGUCGUCUUGUUAUCGCGCUGGGCCAUGUCCGAUCUGCGCCUCGUGGCCUGCGGGUCGACGGAGCUGGACGACGGAGACAUGCUGUCGCUGCUGUACGGCAAGCCGAUGUACGACAGCCUGGCGAAGGACCUCCGCGCCGGCGGGAUUGGCAGCGACGCCGCAAGCCGCCGCCACUUCUGUUCCGCCGGCAAUGCAGACCCUCCGCCGCCGCCGCGUCGAACAUCGUACAGCCUCCGCCUCCGCCACCUGCGGACGCUGGCGCUGGUGGGUUUGCCCCGGCUGACCGACGCGCUUCUACGGCAGUUGCGGGUUUGUGGCGGCACGUGUGUACGGGAGCUCGGCGCAUCCGCGGUGGGUCGCCUGGCCGCCGCCUGCCCCUCCCUGGAGGUCCUCAUGGUGGACCGCUGCGACCUGCCGGCGUGUGGGUUCGACUUGGAGCCGUCACCGUACGGCGCGUUGUCGUACGUAAUGGUGGCGAGUCGUGGCAGCGGGGGUAAGGCUCCCUGCUGGUGGCUGCCUGUUGAGCGUGACGUGAAGAUCAUCAGGCUGCGUGAUGGCGCGGUUUUCAAGGAGGCCAUGUACGCGCUCUGCGUGGCACGGGCCCACAUCAAAGUGAGCAACCAUAAGACCAAGUACGCAUUCAUCGACCCUGGCCGCAACCUGCGUGGCCGGCCGCUGAACCUAACGUUGGUGUGGUGCGUCAUGCCACGUGUGGGCCGCAUGUACACGCAGCAGUUCACGAAAUCGGUGGGAAAGCUUCCAGCGUCCUACCUCUUCUAGCGUAGCUCUGCCAAGAUUGUGCUCUGACAGACCAGGAAGGGAAUACAUCCGGCUGGGACCUCCACAGGGCGCGGCGCGGAUGGAGGCAGAGCUGGGAGGAAGCACGGGAGGGGGAGUUCGGCUUGAACCUCUAUAACCUCCAUACUCUAAUCCUAAGAAGCAGAUGUGAUGGUGUUAUUACAGAGCGUCAGUGCGUGUGUGACGUCCGUUCGCGGUCAUUCCGCUGCGUUUCAUCUUUUGCUACAACUUUCUGGGUUGUGUGGAAAGUGGCCAUUUGAAGCUGUGUAUGGGGUGGGUGGGAUGGGCCGGGUUCAGGGCCAGGAUGGCGCUCCUUCCUUCUCGGCGUUUGUGUCCUAUUGGAACAGCGACACAGAGCCCGGUGCGGAAACGCCGGCUGGCUCCGUCACUGGGCGAUAGUUGUUUUGCUCCUUUAUUAGGAGCACAGAUGCGGCGGCGCAGGGCAGGUCUCAGGGCGGUGUCCCCGGGCUUUUCGCUGCAACUACGAACCCUGCGCAGCAUUUGGGAGUUUGGUUGCAAACCCCUGGGGCCGCGUGCGAAUAUAUAUAUCUCCAACGCCCUGUAUUAAAAUUACACAGCGAAAUAAAGAGCGGGGCUGCACUGUGCACCCUGCCCCUCGCAGUCAUCGCCGCGAACUUGCGUUUUAAAGGAUGAGAAGCUACUUGCAAAGCGCACACUUGUGCGCACCCAUGGGUUGGCCUCACUGCUGCACUGCUACACGUACCUUGAGCUGCAGAGGUUGAGAAAGUUUGUUUAAUUCCUCUUCUUG